AGUGGACAUUGAUUUUGGUUCAGUUGUCAUUACACUGUUAAUACCAACCUCACUAUCACAGUCUCUUAUUGAUGCAAUCAAUAACAAAACAAACUCAAUGAGUAGAUUAGAAAUAUUGGAAGUUGCUGUUGACAAUAAAGUGAUUCCUAUCAAAAGAAAAGAUGAUAAAAAUUUUGACGUUUCGCUCCAUGAAUCAGUUAAAGCUGGUGAUAGUUUUGAAGUAUCAAUGCUACUGCAGUUAGGAGCUGAUCCUAACAGUAAAGAUGAGAGAGGAAAGAGUGCAGUAGAGAUAGCUAACGAAAGAAAAUUCACUCAAAUAAAAGAAAUACUAUUAACUGGUGGAGGAGAAGAGACUGGAGAGGUGAAGUGGACCAGUUAUAAAGUAAUCCUCACUAAACCAUCAGCAGGUCAAUGUCAGGAAGUGAUCAGUCAAUUAAUGGACAGUCAUCAGAACAUUUUCCUCCAUCACUCAUCACCUGAUAUUGUAUACCUGUUGAUGUCACUAGCACUAGAGAUAAGAACAAUAGAGUGGAUUAAAAUUUAUAACACUAAAAUAACAAAAGAUGUCAUCCUCUUACUGUCACACAAAAUAACAAACAAUACUUCAUUAAAGACACUGUCAAUCAGUGGUGAUUCCAUCAAUGAUGAUGGAGUCAUUGCACUAACACAAUCAUUAAUUAAUAAUAAAACAAUUAUUGACUUAUAUCUUCGUGACAAUAUUAACAUCACUUCAACCAGUGCUCAGUCACUAGCUGAACUUUUACUCUACAACAACACACUAUUUUUCAUUCAUCUCGACAAUACUAACAUUGAUACUGAUGGAGUACUGGUACUGAUGGAAUCUCUCAGGACCAAUUAUAGACUGUUGAAACUAUGGCUAGACAGGACACAUAAACAAACUUGUUAUUCUUUACCUUAUUAUAAAACUAUUGAAAGCAGAGUAGGUUUUAAUUAA